UGUAUAUGUGGUUCUGAGUGAGGCGGCCGGGGCUGAGACAGACGCUGGGCAAAGGGACACAUGUAGGGAGAGACACAGCACAGGCUUUGGCAGGAGGACUCUUAUCUGAACCCACUUCUCUUUCUUUAAUCUCAGUUAUCUUUGACACCAGUGAAGAUUUACAGCAGUUUGAAAUGUCGCUCAUCCUGACCGUGCUGGACAAGCUGGCGUACUUUCUGUCUCUGAUAGCGUUUUGUGUCAGUGUGUCCUACAGCUGGCUGAAAUGAAACUAGAUCCUUCUUUCUGUCCACGAGCUCUGAUAAUGACCGCAUGCUUUUUCAGUGGAUAUUUAACAAAUGAUCCUGAGGUGUGGGGUGUGAGUUACGAUGCUUUUUCUCCUGACUUCACUGAGUGUAACUGAAGACAGUGAGCUCUUUGCCAAAGACCACGAUGCUGCAGCGGUGCAUCCUGAGGCCGUACCAUGUGCUCGCACUGGUGCUGUGUGUGUCAGCCAGAGAGGACUUUGACUGGACCAAGAACGACAGAACGUCUUUUUACUACGGCACCUUCCCCACUGGGUUCUCAUGGGGCGCCGGCAGCUCUGCCUAUCAGACUGAAGGAGCCUGGAACGCAGACGGCAAAGGGAUGAGCAUCUGGGACGCUUUCACCCACAAAAAGGGCAAAAUAUUCUUGAACGACACGGGAGACGCCUCGUGUGAGGGCUACUACAAAUUCAAGGAUGACAUCAACUUGAUGAAGGACAUGAAGCUGAAUCAUUAUCGUUUCUCCAUCUCCUGGCCGAGGAUUUUACCAAGCGGACUGAAAAGUGAACACAUCAAUGAGAAAGGAAUCAAAUAUUACGACGACCUGAUUAACAUGCUGCUGGACAAUAAGAUCACACCUAUAGUGACUCUGUACCACUGGGAUUUACCACAGUUCUUACAGGAGAAAUAUGGCGGCUGGCAGAACGGCACCAUGGUCAACCACUUCAACGACUUUGCCAACUUGUGCUUUGAGAGGUUUGGAAACAAAGUGAAGUACUGGAUCACCUUCAACAACCCCUGGUCCAUCGCUGUGGAGGGAUAUCAAACAGGGGAACAUGCACCUGGACUGAAGCUGAAGGGAACAGGAGCUUAUAAAGCUGCUCACCACAUCAUCAAGGCACACGCUAAAGUUUGGCACACGUAUGACAUGCAGUGGCGAAGCAAACAGAAAGGCCUGGUUGGGAUCUCGCUAACAGCAGACUGGGGGGAACCAGUGGACAUCACCAACCAGAGAGACAUUGAAGCAGCGGAGAGAUACAUCCAGUUCUACCUGGGAUGGUUUGCUACUCCCAUCUUCCACGGAGACUACCCCCAGGUCAUGAAAGAUUACAUCGGCAGGAAGAGCGGCCAGCAGGGCCUCGGAGCGUCACGGCUGCCCGUCUUCUCGCCUCAGGAGAAGAGUUACAUCAAGGGAACCUGUGACUUCAUGGGCCUCGGCCAUUUCACCACUCGCUACGUCACCCUGAAGAAUUACCCGUCGAGCGUCGGAGACAGCUACUUCGCAGACCGUGACCUCGCUGAGCUGGUCGACCCACAGUGGCCUGAUCCAGGAUCUGAGUGGCUCUACUCUGUUCCCUGGGGCUUCAGACGCCUGUUGAACUUUGUCAAGACUCAGUACGGAAACCCGAUGAUAUACGUGACAGAAAACGGCGUGUCAGAGAAAAUGCUCUGCACCGACCUCUGUGACGACUGGAGGAUGCAGUACUUCAAAGACUACAUCAACGAAAUGCUCAAAGCGAUAAAGGAUGGAGUGAACGUGAAGGGUUACACAGCCUGGUCUCUCCUCGACAACUUUGAGUGGGACGAAGGAUACUCAGAGAGAUUUGGACUCUACUACGUGGACUUCAGGAACAAGAACAAACCACGCUACCCGAAGGCGUCUGUCCAGUUCUACAAACGCAUCAUCAGCUCGAAUGGCUUCCCCAAUCAGAGAGAGGUGGAGAGUUGGAAGAGGAAAGCUGUGGAGACGUGCUCCUCCAGUAACCAGCUCCUGGCUGCAGACCCGCUGAUCGGCCACAUGGAGAUGGUGACAGAGAUCGUGGUUCCCACCGUGUGCACGCUCUGCAUCCUCCUCAGUGCAGUCUUCCUCAUGUUCCUGCUGCGAGGACGCAUCUGAACACACACACACACACACACACACACACACACACACACACAUGAAUCUGAGAGUGACUCUGAAGCUGUAAAACUUUCUCCUGUCAGAGCAUCGUGUUGAUUUAACUGUCCUGCUGUUCUGGUCUGAUAAACUGUGUCCAGGUCGUCACCAUUAAGUCACAAAGCGCCGCCA